CUGAGGUGACUCCACCUUUUUUCCAGCUCCAUCAGCGGGUUCAGUCGAGAGGAAGAUUUUAGCAGAGAGGAAGAGGAAGCAGACUAUCUUCACACACGAGCCGGGCGACGCUUUCAGCCUUUUUUUUUUUUACAGUUUCCGCAGGUUUAAACAAGCCUGCCCGCCUGCCUGCCUGCUCUUCCGCCCUCAUAGUUUACAGAGAGGCUUUGCCGUCCUGUGAAAGAAGAAUCCACACUGGCUUUUGAUGAUUUAAGGGGAGAAUUAUUCUAGUCUCGACAAGAACAAGACAGACUGCACACAACAGACAUGAUGGUACUGUUGAAAUGUGAGGCGCCUGGCCAAAUGCCUCACCAUCGGUUUAAACACAACCACAGCGUUUUGUAUGUAUCUGAUCUGCUAUACAACACACCAUCAUGGGCACAUUAUGUGAUAACGGCUGCGUAGAUGUUAGAAAUUGGUCUGGAAUGCUGAACCCAAUCACCUGUAAGCCUGAACAAGAAGAUCUACUAGAAAGAUACUGUGCUGUUGACAUUGCUUUGUGGUUAACAAUUGAAAAACCCUGAGGUGAGCAAGCUGCAGGGGGUAUCUACACAGGGAAGAAGAAUGUCCAGGUUGUGAGAUAUUAUCUGUUUACAGUGUCGAUGCGUGCUGCUCACAAUCCGUUUUAACUUCGACACAAUGAAUGCACAAAAUAAGCAGAUCAAGGGCUGUUAUGUUUUCAUUUGAACUGUGCGAAAAGGGGCUACAGCUGGAGGUCUUUAGAUGUUAUAUUUGCCAUUCUGAAUCCCGAACUUGACAGUACCAAUUUGAUACCAUUGCAUUUAAAAAUGAAUAACAGCUACUGCUAACCCUGAAACUAAGGUCUUGAAUACUGUACAUGUUGCCUUACUGGUGGGACUUUCCAGUGUAAAUUAUUGCCCUUAUCACUGACAUUUUGCUACCGGCUAAUGUUAAACUAAACUGCAAAUCAGUUCUUUUUCAUGACUCUAAAACAGUAGCUGCAAAUGGCUACACAGGGCAACUUGCUGCAUGGGCUAAGAAAAAUUAAUUGCCAUGAAAACAUUGGUGCUUAGACUAGCGUUCCUGCAUUUUAGGCAGUAUCGGAGGCAUUUCCAGUACUGGUAUCGGAACAACUCAAGCUGCAGCAGCAAUUUUAGAUUUUUUGCAUUCAGUGUAAGUUAGUUCCUGUAGAUAUAAGAAAUGUGUUUUACAUGCAUUGCCUUGAGGUUUUCAGUUGCUCACUUGCAGACUAAAACAGCCUUGAAAACAAGUGUGCACAUGUUCAAAUUCCACCGUAUGUUAUCCCGUGAUAACAUACAAGCUUAAACAUACAUCCUUAAAUUUAUGCCCAGCUCAUUGUUGGCAAAAUGCAUAGCUGUAGAUCAAAUGUCUUUGCACUGUAUUCUUUCUCUCUGUUUGCCUGAGCAGCACCUUUGUGAGCUCCCUGCCCUUCAUUGCACAGCAUGAAAUUAUUAGCUGUAAAUUAUAUUGGCUUAAGGCGGGCUGCUCUUUAGGCCUUGGGCAGUGAAAACUCAGAGCUUUGUAGAUUGUACAACAAUGGCGUGGUGAGAGAGGAGACCGCACCCUGCGUGUCCUCUACUUUGUGAAUAUGCUUUACAGUUUACACUUGAUAUGAUAAGCCUUUGUCAACAGAGAAUUACGCAGCUCUGAAAACCAUAGCAACAUUCAUGUGUGCACAUAUAUGUAGUUUAACUGAUAGAUUCUGUUUACAGUGGCAGUUUUCCAAUAAGUGCAGUUGCCACAUAAGAAGAAGUAACACUUGUUAGUUUAGGGAACUCGAAUAUCAGCAUAAGCGUUUUGCAGGUUGUAUUAUUAGUUCAGUGAUCAGGAACUCUGCCUUGUUGACUCCCAGUUGGGUUCAUUUAAGGAGAGCAGUUUGGGUGUUGUGUCUUAACUUCUGGCACGAGUCCUGCACACAAGCAGCCAGUAGAGUGCCGCCUUACUGUGGGAUGAGGGAUGCCCUCCCAGUUCCUUGUAGCACCUCCUCUCUGAUAUCAGGCCAUGUCUCAUGAGCUGUUUGAGCAAAGCAUCCUGGGAUUUUUGUUGGGAGGGCUUGUUUGGUGAGAGAUGAGCUGCACUGUCCUGGUAAUUGCAUUUCAAUCCCGCUGAAUCAGGAAAUGUCUCCGAAUGCUCCUCCUUAAAAGCAUUCAUUGGCCACGCGUGAUCGCCAGGAAAACCCAAGCAAUGAAUAAGAUGUGAUUUUUAUUUGUCGGUAUUUAUGUAAUCCAUUCUUGAUGGACAGUGCUGUUGAGUGUUAUUCUUUUAAAGUAUCACAUCCAAAAGGACUACAUCUGGAUUCAGAGGACAUGUUCAAGAUGUGCAACCUUCAAAAGUGGCAAAAAAUAAAAAUACUUGGGUCACAAUACAAGGCGGCAAACAUGCUUCGAGAGAUCCAGGAGAUUGGCUCACACGCCAUGGAUAUCUACGACUACCUCUUGGCGGGAAUUGAUCCGCGGCUGAAGGGAUAUCCACUGAUGCAGAGUCCUAUUCCCAUGUCCGCAAUACUGCUGAGUUACCUGUUCUUUGUACUGUACCUGGGACCUCGCUUAAUGGCCAAUCGCAAGCCCUUCCAGCUCAAGGAAGCCAUGAUAGUCUACAACUUCACGCUAGUGGUGCUCUCGAUAUACAUCGUCUAUGAAUUCCUGAUGUCUGGUUGGCUCACAUCAUAUACCUGGCGAUGCGACGCAGUUGAUACGUCCGACAGUCCUGAAGCACUUCGAAUGGUCCGAGUGGCCUGGCUGUUCUGGUUCUCCAAGAUUAUUGAGCUCAUGGACACACUGUUCUUCGUGUUGAGGAAAAAGCACGGCCAGGUCACCUUCCUACACAUCUUCCACCACUCCUUCAUGCCCUGGACCUGGUGGUGGGGAGUUGGCUAUGCUCCUGGUGGAAUGGGAUCUUUCCAUGCCAUGGUGAAUUCUACCGUCCACGUCAUCAUGUAUUUCUACUAUGGCCUUGCUGCUGCUGGACCACGCUUCCAGACGUUUUUGUGGUGGAAGAAAUACAUGACUGCCAUUCAGCUGACCCAGUUUGUCUUGGUAUCUCUCCAUGCUACCCAGUAUUACUUCAUGGACAGCUGCGACUACCAGUUCCCCAUGAUCCUCCACCUCAUCUGGAUGUACGGAACCUUCUUCUUCGUGCUCUUCUCCAACUUCUGGAUCCAGGCUUAUGUGAAGGGUAAACGGUUGCCCAAACAGGACGUUAAGCAGUGUCAGAACGGCACAGCCGUCUACACUAACGGCAAACACUACGAGAACGGCAUCAACCACGGAGCCACCAACGGCACCAGCAAUGGCUCAGCUCGCCACGAGAACGGCAGCGCUCACAUGAACAAGAUGAAGAAGGCCUAGGAUCUCUGGAAGGAAACACCCAAGAAGUAUGACCCAGAAAACCUGUUAAAAGUAUGGUUUCCAAAGAUAGUUUUGGCUGUGUUUCUUUUCCUGUUUUUAGUUGUGUAUGCAACAAAUGGGGAAAUGAAGUUGUCAAUGAUCUCCACAGUUGGGGUCCCACAUAUGGUUGGUUGUUUUGUUUGUUUGUUUUAUUUGGAACACCAUUUAUGGAACAAAAUGUAUGAAGAGAAGAUGUUUUGACCUAAAUGUUAUCUUCACUGAUGUUGCAACAACCACCUAGUUCAGUAUGACACUGGUGGCCUUUCACCCCACUUGCCUUCACUACUUAUCUGACUCCCACGUUGUUCUGACCCCCCUGUGGACAGAUGACUGUACAGUUUCUAUCGAACUUGAAAAUACUUUUUGUAAAUAGUUUUACAGCAAACAAAAGAAUAACUAAUUGUAUUGGUAUGCUUUAGACUUUCUAAAUUUUGUUAUAUUGUGUAUUUAAAAUUAAAUGCCAAUAAAUUCAAUUUUAAAUUAUCUUA